AUUCAAAAAUUGGUGUUACUAAUAAAGUGUGCCAUCAAUUGGUGAAAAUGUCGACAACGUUUACCUGUCUAAACUCAUUACGCCGGGUGUUUGGUCCAGAAACUGGAAGGGUCUUGUCCACACCCGCUUUUCACCAGAACCCCUUAUGGUUAAGUCAUCAGAGAGAAAUGUCACGAGUGAAACAGCGGACAACUCAUCCACGGUACACCUGGACCAAAAAGAGGAGGGAGCGUCAUGACCAAGAGCUGACCUCCGACAAUCAAGCUUUUCUUGGUCAAGUGAUUCUUCAAAAGUAUGGGCCUGCUUAUCAAGAUGGGAGCUCUGGGAUGCCCUGGGUUAGUCCACUCAAGGAUUUGCACCACGAAAGGACAGAGUGGACGUCAAAAUCACUCAGAGUAGGUGUCAUUGCGAAAAAAAUUGGCGUUCACCCAAUGUGGGAUGACAAAGGAAACCGGUUCAUGACCACCUUGCUGCAGGUCGUGGAUAACCACAUUGUCAAGUACAUCCCACCCGAAACGGUGGCCAAGAAUUAUCCAGAUUCGAGAUUUCGACCAGAGUUGGGAAUUUUGUUGGUUGGAGCACAGUCGGCAGAUCCUCAGCUCUUUACCAAGGAGUACUGUGGUCUAUUUCAAGAGGCUGGAAUUCUCCCAAAAGUGCGCCUUCAUCGAUUUGCCAUCACCCCGGAUGCUUAUCUGAUGCCCGGUACCCCACUGUAUGCCUCUCACUUUUUCGCAGGCCAAUAUGUGGACGUGAUUGGGAAGACGGUGGAGCGUGGAUGGCAAGGUGUCAUGAGGCGAUGGGGGUUUAAAGGAAUGCCAGCCACCCAUGGGGUAACCAAAUCUCAUCGACGAGGGGGGAACACGGGUGGUGGGGGAGAAAAGGGUCGUGUCUGGCCAGGAACAAAGAUCCCGGGCCACAUGGGAAGUCGAUGGAGAGUUCACAAAGGGUUGCAAAUAGUCAGGAUCAACUCAAAGUACAAUGUAAUUUACAUCCGAGGUGUGUCGGUGCAGGGAGAUCCAGGCUCAUACCUUUGCCUACGGGACACUUGCCUACCCCUCAGACGGGCUGCGGUCGCCUCUACUCCUCCCCCUUUCCCCACUUACUUCCCGGAAGAACUGCCACAAAGUCAUGGAGAAGGAGAUUCCUAUGCCUCUUCAGUUUUCAAGUUCACAGAGCCAUCCAUCACGUUUGAGGAGAAUCGAUAACCAGAAACAUCAUAAUAUGAGAAAUCAAUUGUCUAAUCAAUCGUUUCCUUUAAAAAAUAAAAUUCAUGGAAAAGACGAAAACCAGUAA